AUGAAAGUCAAAACGAGUGAUUCCCGUUCAAGACCACCACGAAAGAAAGGAUUGAAUCGUGUUCUUCACCUGUGCGGUGAUAGAUAUUCGGUGCAAUAUGAUUACCGAUUGUUGCCAUUCGGUGCAUCAACUUUGAACACCGAUGUUUCCCUCACCACAACUUCCUUCAUCACCUUAAUUGAGAGCUCGAACCUCUGGGGGUUUCCCCUUCGCACAUCCGGCAAUCAUCGACAAGUCCGUUUUCUAGCAUCACCUGAUCGGCACAUAAGCCACUUCUUCGUGUCUAUGUUCCAUCCUAACUCCCGCCUCAAGAGUCAAUACCCACCGAACCAAGACCAAAAACCAAGACCAAAAACCAAGACCAAGAGUCCAAGACCAAGACCACCACCAAAGCCAACUCCCUAUCUUAGCUCCUCCUCUCUUAUCUACCCGACUGACCAUCCCAAUCCAGUUCCCCCUCGCCUUCCUCGUCUAAAAGCCCACGUCAAAACUCCGGCCUCCCUCCCAACUCCGAUCCCCUAA